UGUAGAGGGAAUGAAGAGCAGGACUGCCUUUAAAAACUCAUCACUAUAAGGAGAAGAGGAGCCAAAACCUCAAAAAUGAGUCUUAAAAGGAAGAACAAAUCAGCUUCUUCAGAACUUAGCUGUGUGUCUAUGAAGAGUGACAACUCCAUUCAUCAUCCCCCUCAUCUCAGUGAUGGAACUUUGACCUCUGACAUCAGGCAGCUCAGCACAGACGAAAACCUUCAAAAUAGAUCUGAAGACCUUCAUCAGGAUCCUCAUGAACUAGUAGAUGAUGUUCUGCAGAGAGUCAAGGACCAACACAAAACCAUCAUGAAGAACAAGCAUGAGAGUUUAUUUGAGGGAAUCAAACUCCGAGAGAAUCAAACUCACCUGAAGAGGAUUUACACACAACUGUACAUCAUAGAGGGAGAGAGUGAAGGAGUGAAUAAAGAACAUGAAGUUUUACACAUGGAAAAAAACACCAGAACACAACACUUACAAGACACAACAAUCUACUGCAAUGACAUCUUUAAACCCUUACCUGAACCAGAAUAUAAAACAGAGAAAAGAAGAGAGAGGAAAGACAAAAUCAAGAGCGUUCUUACUAAAGGCAUCGCUGGAAUUGGAAAAACCGUCUCCGUACAGAAGUUCAUUCUGGAUUGGGCAGAGGGAACGGCCAAUCAGGAUGUAGAUUUCAUGUUUGUGCUUCCGUUUCGAGAGCUGAACUUGAUUCAUGAUCAUCGGUACAGUCUUCACAAACUUCUGCUUGACUUUCAUCCUGAACUUCAAGAUCUGGACUCAAAGAUUUAUGAUGAGUGUAAAGUUGUGGUCAUCUUUGAUGGUCUGGAUGAAAACAGAAUGACACUGAUGUUUUCAGACGCUGAGAAAGUUUCUGAGGUGACUGAGACUUCAUCAGUGCCUGUGUUGAUAUCAAACCUCAUGAAAGGAGAUCUGCUUCCCUCUGCUCUCAUCUGGAUCACCUCCAGACCAGCAGCAGCCAAUCAGAUCCCAUCUAAAUACAUCAACCGUCUGACAGAAAUCCAGGGAUUCAAUGAUGAUCAGAAGGAGGAAUAUUUCAGGAAGAGAAUCAGUGAUGAACAUCAAGCCAGCAGAAUCAUCUCACACGUCAGAAGAUCAAGAAGUCUCCACAUCAUGUGUCACAUACCAGUCUUCUGUUGGAUCUCAUCCACUGUGCUUCAAAACAUCCUGAAACAAGACAAUGAGAGAGCAGAAAUCCCUAAAACUCUGACUGAAAUGUACAUCCACUUCCUGCUGAUUCAGAUGAAUAUGAAGAAUGAGAAGUAUGAUGAGAGAGAUCCAGAGAAACUCCUGCAGUCCAACAGAGAAGUGAUUGUCAAACUGUCUGAACUGGCUUUCAAACAGCUGAUGAAGGGUAAUGUGAUGUUUUAUGAGGAGGAGCUGAGAGAGUCUGGCAUAGACAUCACUGACGCCUCAGUGUAUUCUGGGAUUUGUACUGAGAUCUUUAAGGAGGAAUCUGUGAUGCAUCAGAGGAAAAUCUACUGCUUCAUACAUCUCAGCUUUCAGGAGUUUCUGGCUGCUCUUUAUGUAUUUCACUAUCAUGUGAGUACAACAAUGGAGACACUGAAACAUUUUGCUUCAGUACAGAAUUUGCUUAAAGGUGCAGUAGAUAAAGCUCUCGAGAGUGAAACUGGAGAUCUGGAUCUUUUUUUGCGAUUUCUGCUGGGCAUCUCACUGGAGUCCAAUCAGAGACUCUUACAGGAUCUACUGACACACACGGUGGACACCUCAGAAACCAUCAAUAAAACCACACAAUACAUUAAAGAUAAAAUUAAACUUGAUCUUCUCUCCACUGAAAGAUCCAUCAAUCUUUUUCUGUGUCUUCUUGAAGUGAAUGAUCAGACUCUGUACAGAGAGAUUGAGGAGUUUGUGAGAUCAGACAAACACUCAGAGAAGAAACUCUCUUCUGCUCACUGUUCAGCAAUAGCCUACAUGCUUCAGAUGUCAGAUGAGGUGCUGGAUGAACUGAAUCUAAAGAAUUACAACACAACAGAGGAGGGGAGAAGAAGACUCAUACCAGCUGUCAGCAACUGCACAAGAGCUAUACUUACAGGCUGUAAUCUCACGGUUGGGUCAUGUAAAAUUGUGGCUUCAUGUCUCCAAUCCUCAAACUCACCUGUGAGAGAUCUGGAUGUGAGUAACAAUGAUCUGCAGGAUUCAGGAGUGAAGCUCAUCUCUGAUGCUCUCAAGAGUCCAGACUGUAAACUACACACAUUGAGAUUAUCAGGUUGUAUGGUGACAGAUGAAGGUUGUUGUUAUUUGGCUUCAGCUCUGAGUUCAAACCCAUCAUCACACCUGAGAGAGCUGGAUCUGAGCUACAAUCACCCACAACACUCAGGACAACAGAUGCUCUCUCACAUACUCAAUGAUCCCAAGUGUACACUGGAGAAACUCAAUCUGGACCACGGAGGACCUUGCAGGAUUACACCAGGACUACGAAAAUAUGCCUGCAAUCUCACACUGGAUCCAAACACAGCAAACGUUCAUCUCGUUCUGUCUGAGGAUAAGAAGACGGUCACUUAUGUGAAAGAACCUCAGCCGUAUCCUGAUCAUCCAGAAAGAUUUAAUGGUGUUCCUCAGGUUCUGUGUAAAGAGAGUCUGACUGGACGCUGUUACUGGGAGGCUGAAUGGGAAGAGUGGACUCGUAUAGCAUUGACAUAUAAAGGAAUUAGCAGGAAAGAAGGGAGUGACAGUAUGUUUGCGCUUGAUGAAAAGUCCUGGAGGCUCUUCUGUACUGUUGAUGGAUAUGAUUUUUGGCACAAUAAUAAAAGCAAAGCUAUACCUGCUCCCUUAUCUCGCUCUAAUAGAUUAGGAGUUUAUCUGGACUGGUCAGCGGGCACUCUGUCCUUUUACAGCGUCUCUGAUACACAAACACUUACACAUAUACACACAGUCAACACAACAUUUACUCAGCCUCUAUAUGCUGGAUUUGAUGUCCGUCACAGAGCGUCUUUAAUCUAAUUUUGAGUACUUUCUUUAUUUACAUGGUGCUUUUAUCAUUCAACUUUGGCUGGGUGAUUAAAACACCAUUUUCUCGUGAUGUGACAAACCCAGAAUACAUAUUUUAUAUCAGGCAUGAGUGCUGACAUUCACUCUUUGAUUGCGUGGUCUGUACCAUUCAUAGCUCACAGAGAAAAAUGUUAAGAAAGUUCCCAACAUUCGCAAAAACUUUCUGUCAACAUAAAAGGUGUCAUUUUGUAUGUUUUAAGCACGUUUCUUGAUUAUCUAAUCGUUAGAGGAAUGUUACAUUCUAUCAUUUUCAAACGUUAUGACUAUGUCAUGUUUUAAUGUUCACCCAAUGUUUAAAAUGUAAAUUUCAAUUUUUUUUCUUUUUAUGUAAAAGAAAGAGAAACGUUGUAUUUUAAAACUGUUAUAAACCAUUAUUUCUAAAUGUUAUUGAGUUUAGAUGUUGUUUUUAAAACCGCAAUUAUGCUGAUCAGUGUUUGUUUUAGCUGGACUCUUGACCUUUGACUAUUGCUUAGUUUUCCCUGGCUACAUUACUUUGUGUGUAAAUAAAGUUAAUAAUGCAAUUCUGU